AUGUCUUCUACUUCGACCUCUACAGCGCAUAUAACAGUUCUAUAUUUCGCUGCUGCAUCUACCACCCUAGGGAUAACUGAAGAAAAAAUACCAAUUCCAGAGAAGGGGUUCUACCUUUCUCAGUUGAAGGAUUUGUUGGUUGAGAGACAUUCACGAGAUAAUCCGAGUAAAGACGAUGGGAGUGGAAAGAAAGGAAGAGGAGGGGGAGGAAAGGAAAUCGGAGAAGCCCUUAGAAAAGUACUUGACUCGAGCCAAUGGAGUGUUGAUGCUGAGAUGGUUGACGAUUAUGAAGAUUUGACAAAAGUGGAAUUGGGGGAUGGGGUAGAGGUUGCGGUGAUUUGUCCGGUUUCUGGAGGGUAG